AUGGCUGGCGGCCCUCGCUCCCGGGCCCGCGCCCCGUCGGCCGCGCUGUGGCUCCUGUGCGCGCUCGGCCUGGCGGGCACCCUCGCCGGGCCGCCGCCCACGCCCCCCGCGCCGCCCGCCGCCGCCGCCUGCCUGGACCGCUUCACCCCCGGGGUGCCCGCUUUCGUGCUCGACACCGACGCCUCGGUUAGCAACGGGGCCACCUUCCUGGGCUCGCCCGCCGUGCGCCGCGGCCGGGACUGCGUGCGCGCCUGCUGCGCCGCCCACGGCUGCAACCUGGCGCUGGUGGAGCUGCAGCCCGCCGGCGGGGAGGACGCCGCCGCCUCCUGCUUCCUCUUCAACUGCCUCUACGAGCAGAACUUUGUGUGCAAGUUCGCGCCCAAGGAGGGCUUCGUCAACUACCUCACGAGGGAGGUAUACCGCUCCUACCGGGAGCUGCGGACUCAGGGCUUUGGAGGAUCCAGGAUCCCCAGGAUCUGGGCAGGCAUAGACUUGAAGGUACAGCCCCAGGAACCCCUGCUGCUGAAUGGCGUGGAGAACACAGACUGGCACCUGCUGCAGGGUGACCCGGACGUCAGGGUAGAGAGGAAAGAUCCGGACCAGGUGGAGCUGUGGGGACUCAAGGAAGGCACCUACCUGUUCCAGCUGACAUUGGACAGCUCUGACCAGCCAGAGAGCACGGCCAACAUCACCGUCACCGUUCUCUCCGCCAAGCAGACGGAAGAAUAUUGCCUCGUAACCAAAAAGGUGGGCCGCUGCCGUGGGUCCUUCCCCCGCUGGUACUAUGACCCCAAAGAACAGAUCUGCAAGAGUUUCGUGUAUGGAGGUUGCUUGGGCAACAAGAACAAUUACCUUCGGGAGGAAGAGUGCAAGCUAGCCUGCCGCGACGUACAAGGUUCCUCCACGGAAAGGCGCCAUUCAGUGUGCUCUGACACCUGUCCCUCCUCCGAGUUCCGCUGCAGCAAUGGCUGCUGCAUCGACAGCUAUUUGGAGUGUGAUGGCACGGCCGAUUGCUCGGACGCCUCCGACGAGGCCACCUGUGAAGAAUACACCAGUGGCUUCGAGGAGCUUCAGAGCUUCCGUUUCCCCAGUGACAAAGGGCACUGCGUGGACUUGCCCGACACAGGCCUCUGCAAGGAGAACAUCCCACGCUGGUACUACAACCCCUUCAGCGAGCGCUGCGCCCGCUUUACCUAUGGCGGUUGUUAUGGCAACAAGAACAACUUUGAGGAGGAGCAGCAGUGUCUGGAGUCCUGUCGUGGCAUCUCCAAGAAGGAUGUGUUUGGUCUGCGGCGGGAAGUCCCCAUUCCCAACGAAGGCUCCGCGGAAGUGGCCGUUGCGGUGUUCCUGGCCGCCUGCAUCGUGGUGGUGGUGGCCAUCCUGGGGUACUGCUUCUUCAAGAACCAGAGGAAGGGCUUCCAUAGCUACCGCCACGGCCAUCGCAACGCCCAGCCCCCCACCCCCGCCAGCUCCACCAUCUCCACCACAGAGGACACCGAGCACCUGGUCUACAACCACACGACCCGGCCCCUCUGA